AUACUGGCUGUAGUUAAAAUAUCACGCGAAGAAGAAGACGCCACAGCUCGAAAUACAAGAGGCGUUCAUUUCAGCUUCACAACUUUGCCUGGGUCUCGUUUUCCUAACCUGGAGACGUUAAGAAAACUUAGACAAACAAAAACAAAUUCAAAGUCCACUUCAAUAGAACAUGGCUCUCUCCGGCUCGGUGUGUUUGGUCACGGGUGCCUCCAGAGGCAUCGGCAAGGGGAUAGCGCUGCAGCUUUCCGAAGCGGGAGCCACCGUUUACAUCACCGGACGCCAGGAGAAGUCUCUUAAAGAAACAGCAGGACAGGUUAGCGAGAGAGGUGGGAAGUGUGUGCCGGUCAUCUGUGAUUCCACCAAUGGUGAAGACAUCGAGAAACUCUUUGAACGUAUCAAAGCAGAGCAGAACGGGAGACUGGACCUCCUGGUGAACAACGCUUACGCUGGAGUACAGGCUCUGUUUGACAAUCAAGGAAAGAAAUUCUGGGAGACCGAUCCAUCUUUUUGGGAUACCAUCAACAACACCGGUUUGAGAGGACACUAUUUCUUCUCGGUGUACGCGGCCCGAAUAAUGGUGGCUCAAGGUCGCGGUUUAAUCGUCACCAUUUCGUCCAUGGGAGGGUUGCGGUAUCUCUUCAAUGUUCCAUACGGAGUCGGGAAAGCAGCGUGUGACCGUAUGGCGGUAGACAUGGCCGUUGAUCUCCGACGUAGAGGAGUGGCAUCUGUCAGCCUGUGGCCUGGACCGGUCAAUACGGAGCUGAUAUCGGAGUUCAUGCAAGAGGAUACGGAACAGAAGAUCGAUCCCGAGUAUCGGGACUUAUUUGCCAGUGGAGAGACCACAGAAUUUAGCGGGCUGUGUAUUGUCAACCUUGCUAAAGACAAAAACCUGAUGUCGCUGACUGGGAAAAUUCUGAUGACCUGCGACCUGGCCAGGCGUUACGGCAUCCAAGAUGUUGACGGGCGAAGCAUCGCUGAUUUUACCUCCCUAAAAUUCCUGCUGACCCAAGUCCCGUACGUCUCCUGGCUCUCAUCUUUUGUCCCGUCAUUCAUUAGAGUACCACGCUUUUUGCUCCCCUUGGCUAGUAACCACUUCUAAACUAUUCCGAUACUACAGUCAUCACCGACGCCCCCCAGUACUAUCAGAGUAAAACUUGACUUUGAGUAUGACCCACGUGGUUGACACAUUUCUUACGUACAUUCCAUGCUUCUCACUAUUAUUCUACAACUUCAAGUGUUCUGUAUUGCACUGACAAGCCUGGACUGAACAUUUUCAUAUAUCACACAUUUGCAUAAGAUAAGCUAACUGAUUAUGGCAAAAAAGUUAAAGCAAUGUACAAAAUCACAUGUCAAUGUUAUAUUUUUUUGUCCUGUAUUUAUAAUAACAAAAGUAUACACGUGACCUGACUGUUGCUGUUACACAGUACAGUUUGCUUUUGGAUGAAUAAAGAAAUGGAAAGCUAUUUAUUUAUCUCAUUUUCGACAUAGAUUGUAGAUAUUUCUGUUUCAUUUAUAGUUCUUUGUAUGACUGGGAAGUUUAUUCAGUAGUAUUACCCAAUAAUGUUGUGGAUUUGGUAAAUGAAGUAGAACAUUCCUGCAGGAUAUGUAGUUCUUUUAAAUAUUUAGUUUUAAAUGAAAGAUUAAUGAAGCUAUUUAAUGCAGUGGAGCUCAUUUUUUUGUUGUCCGCGAUGAGAUCUUUUUUUGCAUUCAUUGAAAUAUUAUGUUGGCACAGAUAGUUAAUUUAAAUUUAAUUAUGGGGGUGUCCAGAUUUUUUCCACCAAGGGCCCACAUAGGGAAAAAUGAGAGGAUGCGAGGACCAAUUAUGUAAGGAUGUUAUAUGUAAUUUAAGUAAAAACUGCAUCUCAGCUUUGUCAUAUAGAUGAAAAAGCGUAUUAAUAAUGUCAAUUUUGGUAUUUGUUUCUUCUUAAUUUUCCUAAUAUUUCAACUUUCUUCUUAAUUUUUGUGAAUUUUCUUGUAAUAUUAGGACUUUAUUUAUUCCCAUAUUAUAUUUUCUCCAACCUAAUUUCCCAAUAUGUGUUUUGUUUGUUCCACAUAGUAAUAAGAAAAUAUUAAAUCUUGUAAAAAAAAUUCUCAUGAGUAUACAACUUUUUUCCCCUCAUUAAUUUGACCUCAUUCUAGUAAAAUGACAUUUUUGCUGUUAUUUCAACUUCCUUUUUGUUACUUUUCUUCUCAUAAUUAUGCCUUUUAUUUAUUAUAUUUAGACUUUAUUCUCAUGACAUAACUUUUAACUCAAAAUGACAAUUUUAUCAUAUUUUUUUGUUAGAAUAUUAUAAAGUUAUUCAUGUCAAUUGUGAGUUUUUCUUGUUUUUUUUUCCUCUCUGGAUAUUUUGACUAUUCUUAUAAAAUGACUUCUGAUAUUUACUUUUUUAAUGUUGUUAUUAAAUGGUAGUUUUAGAAUGUGCUGCGGGCCGCAAAUGGCCCCCAAGCUGCACUUUGGACACCCCUGUUUUAGGUAACUAUGAAGUUUUACAAGGAAAUGCAGUCAAUGAAGAAUAAAUUUAAAAUCUGAUGAAAUAUGCAAAGUCUUAGCUCCAGUUUGUCAUAAUAUUAUUGUUAUUAUUAUUGAAAUUUUGCUUAUGCUACUGUAUUGGCAUAUCAAUUAAAAAAUAUGUUCUCAUGAUCGCUGCUGUUGUGAUUUCUUUUUUAACAUUUGCUAGUCAUCCCUGA